CUCUGAUUGGCUGCAGGCAUUUUUUUCCUAAAAGAGGCGUAUUUUUCGAGCCAUCUUGACUGAAUAUUUAGCCAUAUCCAAGGUACAUUAAUUUGAUAUAUUCUCGGUUAAGCCCACAUUUGAGCGUGGACCGGCACAGCUCGGAAGGUUUAUGUCACAGCCAUGUGAACGAGCGGGUUUGUCGAAAUCACACCGGUUAACUGAAGCGCAGAAGAUGACGCCGUCGCUCCCCGAAAUGACCGGCUAUGUUAAGCUAAUGGGCUAGCAUGUCCGCCUCGGCUCGAGUCUUGUCACUUCGCUUGACAUUUUAGUGGUGCUUUUGGUUUCCUCCUGUUUGCCGCUUGUACCGCUGAAGACUACUUCUCAAGCUGGUGUCACCUCCUCAUGCAGAAGACAAGGAGGUGGGAAUGUAAGGCAGCUGGAAGAGGACUCAACAUGGGUCGCGGCCGAGGCAGAGGUCGAGGCAGGGGCAGAGGCUCAGCGUGCGGGUUGCGCUCGCCGUCACCCUACAGACUGCAGCUCUCUCCGUCCCGGGAGACGCUGACGUAUGCCCAGGCGCAAAAGAUAGUGGAGGUGGACCUGGAAGGCAGGCUCCACCGAAUCAACAUCACGGAUUCUCUGCCGGUGAUCACGGAGGACGAGAUGAUGGCGCAGGACAUCGCUGAGUGCAACAGCAACAAGGAAAACAGCGUACAGACUCAGAGCAAAGUCCGCUUCUUGAAGAAACCCUGCAACAACAAAGGGAGAAGGAGCGGUAAAAACGUGUCGCAGCAGAAUAAACUAUCUGGUUCCCUGCAGCAAACUGGAUCUAUGAAUUCCCUCCAGAUCCAAAGUCCGCUCCCGGAGCCCACCUUCCGAACACUGGGAUCGGCAUUCCCUGCAGAGGCGCCUCCCCUGCCUGCAGCCUACUACCGCUUCAUUGAGAAGUCCAAAGAAGAGCUCGACAGUGUGGCCGAGUACGACAUGGAUGAAGAAGACCUAGCUUGGCUGGAGAUGGUGAACCAAAAGAGGGUGUCCGACGGCCACGCCUCAGUGUCAGCAGACACUUUUGAGUUGCUGAUUGACCGCCUGGAGAGGGAGUCCAUCUUGGAGUCCCGCAGCCAGGCGCUGGCUCAGUGCACGAUAGACGAGGACGCCUUCUGCUGCGUGUGCCUCGACGACGAAUGCCUGAACAGCAACGUCAUCCUCUUCUGUGACAUCUGCAACCUGGCAGUGCACCAGGAGUGCUACGGUGUCCCGUACGUUCCUGAGGGCCAGUGGCUGUGCCGCUGCUGCCUGCAGUCCCCGUCCCGCCCUGUAGACUGUGUGCUGUGUCCGAACCGAGGAGGUGCCUUCAAGCAGACCAGCGACGGUCGCUGGGCCCACGUUGUGUGCGCCAUAUGGAUCCCGGAGGUGUGCUUUGCCAACACGGUGUUCCUGGAGCCCGUGGAGGGGGUCAAGAACAUCCCUCCCGCCCGCUGGAAGCUCACUUGCUACCUGUGCAAACAGAAAGGCAGGGGCGCGUCCAUCCAGUGCCACAAAGCCAACUGCUACCGGGCUUUUCACGUCACCUGCGCUCAGAAGGCUGGCCUGUACAUGAAGAUAGACCCGGUCCGAGAGACGGGCAUUAACGGUACCACCUUCUCUGUGAAGAAGACCGCAUUCUGCGAGCAUCACUCCCCGGUGGGGUCACGGCGGGACGGCUCCGGGGACGAGUCAGUAGAAGGGAGGCUGGUUGGGGGCAGAGGUAACAGGGGACAGAGGUCAUACACUCAGAGCUCCCCUACGCCGCCAGCAAAGAAAGGGUCCAAGGGGCAAAAGAAGAAGACUACUAAAGGAACCAGAGGGUCCACACGUCGUUCGAAUGUGCCUGUGCUGCUUGUGCCUCAAAUACCCUCUCACAGGCUGAACAAGAUUUGCACAGGAGUGGAGGUCCAGCGGAAGAAUCAGUUCAUGCAGAGGCUUCAUAACUACUGGCUACUAAAACGACAGUCAAGGAAUGGAAUGCCUUUGAUACGUAGACUUCACUCACACAUGCAGGCCCACCGGACCACAGAACAGAAGGAGCCAGAUGAGAAGCUGAGUGCUGCCAGAGAGGAGCUGCGCUACUGGCAAAAAUUGAGGCAAGACCUGGAGAGAGCCAGGCUUCUGGUGGAACUUAUCCGCAAGAGAGAGCGGCUAAAGAGAGAACAGAUGAAAAUUCAGCAGGCUGCUCUGGAGCUGAAGCUGACACCGGCGUUGGUACUCCUCCGAUCCACCUUGGACCAGCUGCAGGAGAAGGACACGGCCAAAAUCUUCUCUCAGCCCGUCAAUCUAUCAGAGGUCCCGGACUACCUGGAGUUCAUAUCCCAGCCCAUGGACCUGUCCACCAUGCGGACCAAGUUGGAGGGACACGCCUACUGCUCCAUCGCGGACCUCGAGAAGGACUUUGACCUCAUGAUCUCCAACUGUCUCAAGUACAACUCCAAGGACACCAUGUUCCAUCAGACGGCCUUACAACUACGGGAGGUGGGCGGGGCCGUUCUCCGCCACGCCCACAGACAGUCUCUGGCCAUUGGCCUGGACCCGAGUACCGGCAUGCACCUGCCAGAGUCUCCAAACAAACAUAGCUUCGAUCAGUCCACGUGGGAUGACGUCGACUCCCUCCUGGAUCCCGACAACAGACUUCACUUGAGCACCGAGGAGCAGCUCAAGGCCUUGCUGGAAAAACUGGAGGUGGUGACAUCCAUGCGGACCAGUGGCGGACGAACCAAACGCAUUCGGUUACUACGGCGAGAAAUCAACGCUGUGAGACAGAAAGUGAACCAACAGCCACAGCACAACGCUCAUGACAAGCAGGACCAAGGACAAGAAGACAAGGACGAGCAGGAAGAAGAGGCCAGAGACAAGAAGAAGGAAAAAAGGAAAACUGUGGAUAAUGGAGUCAUGACAGCAGAUGACUCUCCACCUGUGUUAGAACUCACAUGUCCCGUGUCGUCCCCGCUACCGGGCGACGCCCCACUUGAACCGCCCAUCCUGGGCAUUGCAACAGGAGGUCAGAGGUCACCGGGUCGCUCCUACAAACGUCAGAGGUCGUCCCGCAGCGGCAGCAAAAGCCAGGGUGAGGACGAGGCGGAGGUGGGCGAGACGCCGUCGUCUCAACCGGAGGCCGUUCACGAGGUCACACCGCUGGGAACGCCACCUGCUCUGCCCGUGGUCGGGGUAGGUCGGCGUACAUCGGUCCUGUUUAAGAAGGCAAAAAAUGGAGCAAGAACAGCAAAAAAGAAAUCCCCGCCACGGCAGAAUGGCAAGGAUCAAAGCAACGGUUUGGACGGCUUGACCGCCUUACCUCGCAUUCCCAACGCCUCCCCGACUCCUCCCUCACCUUUGUCGCACCACCUCAGGUCCAGAGGUCACAGCUCUGAAAGUGAGGCGGAUAAACACUCGGCACUCCCUGCUGAGGAAGAGCAGACAAAUGGAAAAGCAGAAGAUUCCGAGGAGGAGCAGAAAGUGAACUGCUCGGCGUCGCCACCGAAACGCAGUCGAGGCAAACCUGCUCUGGCCAAGGAUCCAAGCAAUGACAAUGGAGACAUCUCGGAAUCUGGAAAACCAACACUUCUGUGUUUGGAUACUGAGACGGAACUGGCACCUCUGGACCUGGUUUGGGCCAAAUGCAGAGGAUACCCAUCAUACCCGGCCAUGAUUGUUGACCCCGAGAUGCCCCAGGAAGGACUCCUUCACAAUGGCGUCCCCAUCCCAGUGCCUCCUGUGGAGGUGCUCAAACUGGGCGAGUGGAGGCGAAUGGAGGCUGACGAAAAGCUCUUUCUAGUGCUCUUCUUUGACACCAAAAGGACUUGGCAGUGGCUCCCUCAGGACAAGCUACUACCGAUGGGGAUGGAUGACACGGUGGACAAGCUACGCCUGAUGGAAGGGAAGAAGCCAAGCGUUCGCAAGUCGGUUCACACGGCCUACGACCGCGCCAUGGUUCAUUUGAACCACAUCAGAGGCAACCUGAACUUCACUCCUUCCAACUUUAUAUGACUUUGAAGUUACAUGAAUGGGAACUUCUUCAGUGCUCUUAAAUGAUGUUUUACUUCAAUGGAAGAAGGGGAAAAAAGUGCUUUUUUUUCUUUGCACUGUGUUCAUAUCAAAUAGUUUUUAUUUGAUUUUUGGCCAAAGUUACUCAAGGUGAAGGGUGUAAAUGUAGAAUUGUUAAGGGAUUGUCUUGAUCUGAAGCAAACUGUAUUUAGAUUGUACUUGUGAUUUGACGACGUGUAAAAGUCUCACUGUGCAUUCGUGGCUGGACUCAUCGGGUUUUUACUGAAGUGUUCAAAUUUGUUUCAUGUUGUAGUCCAGCUAUGACAAAAUGAUGUACAUGGAUGGGACUUGUAGUCUUGCUUUUUUUUCCAUAUUGUGAAACAGUGUUCUUCUAAUGUAAGCCAAGAUGGUGUUUGUGCAAACAAAAACUACUGCGGUCGAGCACCUUUUUCUUUCUUUGCAGAAUUGACUUUAAAAAGCACAAACAUUCACUGGCACGAACGAAGAGUGUGUGUGUGUGUGCGCGUGUGUGUGUGUUUGAGAUACACAGUAUAAUGAGUUGACAACCUCAGCGUAGCAAAAAGGUGCAUGUGAAUAGUUUUGUAUAUAUGUACAUGUCUGUUUAUACUGGCUAACAGGAAGUAAUUUAAGGAAUGCAAUUUUAGAAUUUUAAUUUAUUUGAAAAAUGUGGCAGUUGAGAGUGUUAUUUUGAAAAAAUAAUACAUAUAUAUAUAUAAAAUAUGUACGAUGCUUCGUAGCUCUUUGUAACAGUGACAGUCUUCUUUAAAAUAAUAAAAGAAAAAAAAUCAGGUCAAGUGGCAAAACACCUGAGCUGACCUUGUACGCCCGAUCUAUAAUUAUUAUUAUAAUAAUAAAGAUAAUAUCGGACCAAGACGAUAUUUUCCUCACACAAGAAUAAAUUCUGUCUGGGACAACUGAAUACGUGUCUGUUUCCU